AUCUCGUCCCGGCUAGCUCCAGCUCCAUGAUGCGGUGUGGCAGCCUGAGACUGGGUCACUGGGAGCAGAACACUAUAAUAACGAUGAACGAAUGGCCCCACGCUGCACUGGGGCCCACACGACAGUUAAAUAAAGCAGUAGCACGUAGGAUUCUUUGCGUCACUGUGCGCCACUGCUGUGCUUUUUUGCCUCCUGUCCUGUCUCCCGACUCCUGAGAAUCACGAGUCGGACAGGGAAGGCAAAAACGGGAGCAGAUCAGUGCACCCUACACCCACCCACCAACAGUCCUGGACACCUCAAUACUGGAGUAGCAGUGGAGCUGACGGUCAGAUUUAGAGACGAUCGCAAUCCAUCACCGAGGAAACCGGUGACCAAGGACCCAGAUCCCAGAAUUCCAGAUCUAGAUCUUUUUGCUGACUGUCCCAGCACAACGGUUGCGUGUCUGGGAGGGAGGAAGUUACUUACGGGGCUCACAUGUGUACCUGUCCUACGCCGCAGGGCACGGCUCUGCCGGAUGGCAUGACCAUGAUCACGCUGCCGGAAAACGGCUUCCUCCUAUCCUAGCCUGCAGGCCGGCGUGGGACAAGUAGAUCCACACUCUGCACAAGGCAUCAUGUCUUUUAGGCAUCUCAACGCCGGAAUCUUCGGCACCGGCAGCGACGGGCACACGCUGCCGUCGGAGGUCACCCGCGCGGCGAUGCUGGUGCGCAUCAACACCCUCCUCCAGGGCUACUCCGGCAUCCGCUUCGAGAUCCUCGAGGCCAUCACGAAGCUGCUCAACACCGGUGUCAGCCCCUGCCUGCCGCUCCGGGGCACCAUCACCGCGUCGGGCGACCUGGUCCCGCUCUCCUACAUCGCCGGCCUCAUCACGGGCCGCCCCAACGCGCAGGCCGUCACCGUCGACGGGAGGAAGGUGGACGCCGCCGAGGCGUUCAAGAUCGCCGGCAUCGAGGGCGGCUUCUUCAAGCUCAACCCCAAGGAGGGCCUCGCCAUCGUCAACGGCACGUCCGUGGGCUCCGCGCUCGCGGCCACCGUGAUGUACGACGCCAACGUCCUGGCCGUCCUGUCGGAGGUCCUGUCCGCCGUCUUCUGCGAGGUCAUGAACGGCAAGCCCGAGUACACGGACCACCUGACCCACAAGCUGAAGCACCACCCGGGGUCCAUCGAGGCCGCGGCCAUCAUGGAGCACAUCCUGGAUGGCAGCUCCUUCAUGAAGCAGGCCAAGAAGUUGAACGAGCUGGACCCGCUGCUGAAGCCCAAGCAGGACAGGUACGCGCUCCGCACGUCGCCGCAGUGGCUGGGCCCCCAGAUCGAGGUCAUCCGCGCCGCCACCAAGUCCAUCGAGCGCGAGGUCAACUCCGUGAACGACAACCCGGUCAUCGACGUCCACCGCGGCAAGGCGCUGCACGGCGGCAACUUCCAGGGCACCCCCAUCGGCGUGUCCAUGGACAACGCCCGCCUCGCCAUCGCCAACAUCGGCAAGCUCAUGUUCGCGCAGUUCUCCGAGCUCGUCAACGAGUUCUACAACAACGGGCUCACCUCCAACCUGGCCGGCAGCCGCAACCCCAGCCUGGACUACGGCUUCAAGGGCACCGAGAUCGCCAUGGCCUCCUACUGCUCCGAGCUCCAGUACCUGGGCAACCCCAUCACCAACCACGUGCAGAGCGCGGAGCAGCACAACCAGGACGUGAACUCCCUGGGCCUCGUCUCGGCCAGGAAGACCGCCGAGGCGAUCGACAUCCUGAAGCUCAUGUCGUCCACCUACAUCGUGGCGCUGUGCCAGGCCGUGGACCUGCGCCACCUCGAGGAGAACAUCAAGGCGUCGGUGAAGAACACCGUGACCCAGGUGGCCAAGAAGGUGCUGACCAUGAACCCCUCGGGCGAGCUCUCCAGCGCCCGCUUCAGCGAGAAGGAGCUGAUCAGCGCCAUCGACCGCGAGGCCGUGUUCACGUACGCGGAGGACGCGGCCAGCGGCAGCCUGCCGCUGAUGCAGAAGCUGCGCGCCGUGCUGGUGGACCACGCCCUCAGCAGCGGCGACGCGGAGCGGGAGCCCUCCGUGUUCUCCAAGAUCACCAGGUUCGAGGAGGAGCUCCGCGCGGUGCUGCCCCAGGAGGUGGAGGCCGCCCGCGUGGCGGUCGCCGAGGGCACCGCCCCCGUGGCGAACCGGAUCGCGGACAGCCGGUCGUUCCCGCUGUACCGCUUCGUGCGCGAGGAGCUCGGCUGCGUGUUCCUGACCGGCGAGAGGCUCAAGUCCCCCGGCGAGGAGUGCAACAAGGUGUUCGUCGGCAUCAGCCAGGGCAAGCUCGUGGACCCCAUGCUCGAGUGCCUCAAGGAGUGGGACGGCAAGCCGCUGCCCAUCAACGUCAAGUAAAGAACGCCAAGGAGAAGAGGAGGGAGGGGAGGAAAUACGUGGAAAAAAAAAUAAAACCUGUACACGUGUAUGUCCAGAUCGCGUGCCGUCGAUCGUUCUUCGUUGUUGAUUUUUGGUUGUAUUGAUCGAUCCGUAUGUGUGCGUGCGUGUGUGGCGUUGCUCUUUCUUCUUUUGUGUAGCUGCCCUGCCACCGGCCGACGUGCAUGCCAUGGUGGCGGACAGCGUUUUCUAAGGUCAUAUACUGUUGUUGUGUUUAAGUACAUCUUGCGUACUCAAUUCCUUCUAAGUAAGUAUCCUAAUACUAGAAUGUUCCUCUA